UAUUUCCAAAAAGGCAAGUGGGAGAAAAAUGACCUCGAAGUGACCUCAAAAGAACUUCGAGUCAAGCAACAAACAAAUGUAGGAUACUUAGGAGUCUUUGGAAAAGCUCCGUACUUAGAAGCCUUUGGAAGAGCUUUAGGAAGACUUUGGAAGUGCUUCAAGAGAAUCCUAAUACUCAAAGGACUUGAGUAAUGUAUUUAUAGACACUAAUGUUUGAUGUUCAAUACCUAGGUAAAUCGUAUAAGGAAUAGAAUUCAACCAAGACAGAUACAUAGAUAUCUUGAGGAAUGAAAACUAUGAAGACUUUGGAAAGUGCUUCAAGAACAUACGACUUACAGGUUAGCUACGACGAAUUAAAAAUUCCCAAGUAUUGUUUGAGGCCAUCAGAAACAUAAGUAUGGUUCGAGGCCAUACAAAAUGGUUUGAGGCCAUUUCAUCCAAAGUACCUUCAUCUUAAAGAAUCAAAUCUAUGAUUUGGUUGAUUUGCAUAAAGGGUUCACUCCCAUUAGUUGCAAACAUGUUUUCUAAACAUACAACGUUGAUUUGCAUAAAGGGUUCACUCCCAUUGGUUGCAAACAUGUUUUCAAAACAUACAAAGAUGAUAUUGUAUACACAUACAAAAGAAAAGCUAGAUUGGUGGUUAAAGAAUAUAAACAACUUCACGACGUUGAUAAUGUUAAAAUCUUUUUCACCAAGUCGGAAUGCUUGAACUACACUAGAGGAAAAAUCGUCAUGUGCUUCUCUUCAAGUGCGGGUCAUUUAAUAAAUUGGCAGCACUUGAGAGCACAAAAAAAAAUAGAAAAAUAUUUUCACAAGUGCGGGCACAUUUUAGAAAAUUGGCAGCACUUGAGUUCAAAUGCGGGCUUUAAACUCAAGUGCGGGCUCAUUCAUAAAAGACCCACACAAAAUAAUUCCUAAUUUUUUUUUGGUUUCCUGCUUCUCUGUCCUUGGCCUCUUCUCUGCUUCACCAAUUUUCAUCUCUCUUCCCCUCUCUGGUUCUUCUCUUCCUUUCUUGUUCUCUGGGUAAGACUAUGAAACCACAACACUCUCUGCACACACCUCACUGCCUCCCCCCCCCACCCCCCACGCGUCGCUGGUGCUGUUCCCUCACACGAUAGAAAGGGGCCUCAACUUUUUUUCAAUUUCCCGCUCUUCAUCUCCUUCCCUCACAUUAUGUCUCUGCGGCUCCGCAAAAUGAAGAAACACACUCCUCUAUUUCUGUCCUGCUGUUUCCGUCGUUACUGCCUCCUCACGACCUGGUAAUCUCCUUAACCCACUUCGUUAAUGAAAUUAAAAUCCCCAAUUGGGCAAACCCUAACAAUUUCAAUUGAUUUUCUCCCUCCUCUUGUUGUGGUGCGACGACCACUCCACCGCCGACAUCGUUUUUGAAGUGGUGGUGCCCUCCUCUCCUCGUACUUAUAUCUUUUCUCCCUUGAGCCACGGAAUCCGUGCCGCACUAUCCUCGGCCACCGUCGCAGGCUUGUUGCUUACUUUCUUGAAAAUCGAUCAUCACUGCAUAAAGGAGGUGAUUUCUGAGUGAGUGCUCGUUGUUGCAAAGUGGCCCCUACGCUUAGGUAUUCAAGGAAUUAAGGAUGCUACCUUCUAAGUUCACCAAUCUAGGAUACUUAGAGAAGAUGGAUAAUGAGACUCCUCGCAUGUAUGUUCAGAAGAUCGUGUUUGCUUGCGACUAUUUGGCUUUGACCAAGGAUAUGCCCCACCUUAGGCACAAAGAUAUGAUGGCUAGUAUGGUUAUACAUUAUUUGCCCCAUAAGAACCCUUACACAGACCUCAAGAACAAGUUCAGUGACAUGCAUUUUAAUGAUGGUACGUACCCCUAAUUGGUACAAAUAUGGGACUAGAGAUGGUAGGUGGAAGUAUGAUUCUGAGGUUCUUGCUACUAUCUUAGAGGUUGCGGAGAAUAGCUAUGAGGAUGGGAAGUAUUCUGCGGGUCUAGGUAUGGGCUAUGGAGGAAUAGAAAGUGAUGGUGAGGAUGACAUGAUCCAUGAUGAGCAAGCUAGUGAUGUUGAUGAGGAUAGUGAUGAUGAUGUAGUAGAGAUUGAAAAUCCUAAUCCGGUAGUUCCUGAACCAACCAUUGAGAUAUCCAGUGGAUCUGAAGAUGAGCUUGAAGAGAACAAUGUGGUUGAUAGUGAGCCACAACAGAAUGAUGAGGCUAUGGACGAUGACUCGGAUCCGGAAGAAGACUUGGAUGAUCCUAAUGAUCAAGACUUUACUCCAGAGCAAUACAAGGAAAUAAAGAUCGCCAUGAUGACGUUAGUCUCUAGAGAAAUGUAAUCCUUAGUUUUAUUUUUCCGUUGAAUAAUAAAGUGGCAAAGCUACUACUUAUGGUUUUUAGUUUUAUUAUAGUUGGAGAAUAAAUGUUAUGACAUUAGUGGAUGUAAGACUUAUUCAUUGAAGCAUUAAUAAAAGAAUAGAAUUUCCUUUU